GUGAGAUAUAAACAAAUUUGAAUCACCUAAACUCAAAAUUUAUGGUUAUGAUAGUCAUAAGUUGUGUUUUUAUGAAUUCAUUAAUUUUUAGAAAUAAUUAUGAAUAUUUCUAAAUGUGUUAUGACGUGUAGGGUUUUCCCCUUUAAAAACAUAUGUUACCCAAGAGAAGCUAUAUUUACAACUGUGAUACCACUCGUUUUUUGUAACAAAUUGAGUAGACUAGAUUUUCACAAAACUGGAUUUACCAAAUGUUCUGAUAAUGGAGACAGCAUAAAAAAAAGAUCAAGGUUGAGGAAAUAUGUUGAAGGUUCUUCUCUUAAUAAACCUAGGCAUUGGAAUGUAGUAGCUUAUGCAACUGCAGAGGGCUACGAUUUACAUAAACUCAGAAAAGCUCUUGCUGAGCAAGCUUUGUACAUACCAAGUGAACUUACUAGUAAUGAACCUCUGCAGUCAGGUGUGGGUUGUGCUCUUCAUGCCGUGGCAAAAUACCAAGUUACUCCAGAAAAUAGACAUAUUUACUGCUUUGAAGAAGGAUCUGUUGUUAUGUGGAAUGUCAGUACUGUAGAACAAAAUUCCAUUAUUCAGUUUCUGAAGCCUUUUGAAGUUAAGAGUUACAGUUCUGCUAUUGUUCAAGAAGAAAUGGAGUUAAUGUUUUAUACUUAUAAUCAAAGCAAAAAGACGUAUAUUCAUGAUGGAGUUAUGUAUAUUGGUAUUAUAGAUAAAGAUUUAGAAAGCAUAGCAUCAGAUAGGUACACUUUGUCUAAUGCUAUGUCUCUAUCUGUUAAAUUGGGUGUUUUAGAAGUUCUCUUGGAUAUGUAUAUCUGUGAUACUGAAUGUCUGAGUGAGGAUCUAAAAAUUGGUAAUCCUGUACGGCUUGGUCAAAGAGGUAUUCUACGAAAAUCAGGCGAAUUAUUUGCUUUGAGGCAUUCAAUUAAUUUAUCUACUGAUCUUCUUGAUACACCUGACUUUUAUUGGGAUCGAGAAAAUUUGGAAUCAUUAUACCAGAGAUCAUGCUAUUACUUUAGUAUUCCUAGGAGGACAAAAGUCAUGAAUGAAAAAUUGAAUCAUUGUGUUGAGCUAAUACAAUUAGUUUCAUCACACCUAAGUGAUAGGCACCAUGUAAGAUUAGAAUGGAUGAUAAUUGUUCUCAUUUUGGUUGAAGUUAUGUUUGAAAUACUACACUUUUUUGGAAAUUAAGUUGAAUAUUUCUAAAUAUAUAUAUAUGGUACUAUAGAAUAGUAUAACUGAAUAGAUGUUUUAUAUUUAUACAUGACUUUACUUUUUAUAUAUUGCAUAUCUGUCAGAAAUCAAUUACAUUCAUCUUUAUCUGCAAUUUUUUAAAGUUUAUAAUUUUUAAUUGUAGCUAAAGGUAUAGGAAUUUAAAAGUAGAAGUGUACGGGGUGCCCAUCCCCCUCCCAAGGGCAAUGUCACAUGCUCUCCCUCCCCAAGAAAUUGUAUUGCUCUCCUCUUAUAAAAAACGGUGCAAAUAAAAGUAGAAUUUAAUAAAAGUAAAUCGUAGUUUAGUCUCCACUUGUUCCUUGGUUUGAAAGUCCUCUCUCCCCCUCCCCCCAUUAACACUCUAAAAAAAUAUGGUUUCCUCUGAAAAUUCAAUAGCCUAUAAAAAUGUGCAUCUUCUAAAAUUUGAUGUCGCAAGUUGUGCCAUGCUACUUCCGGGGCACCUCUGGUUCUACUUUUAAACUCCAUCUUUUGCAUUAUAACACUUGAUUAAUAUUUGGUAAUGUAAUUUGUUUCUAAUAUGCUCCUCGUUAAACAUUUGCUCUUGUGCUUUAAAAAGGAGAGAGAGGAGAAGAGGAGGGGAGGUUAACAAUACAUAUUUCAUAUCUGUCUAUACCAUUUGAUGGUAGAAAAAUUGUUUUAGUAUUUAUUAUUGUAAAUUAUUGUUAGAUACGGUUCCUAAAUUAUAAUCUGAAAAAUAAAAUUAACUUAUGGGUUAUUGGAAUUAUUUUAGUUCCAAAUUUGCAAAAUGAAUCUAUAUAAUCAAUUAAUUGCAUUUAAUGGACCAUUUGUUUCAGAAUAAAUUAAAAGGUCAUCUAUCUAUGAAU